AUGGCAGAUUACAAUAGGCCUGUUCUGGGAGCCUACCAAGAUUUCGUGCGCCAAACCAUCGCUGCGACCGAGAAAUUGGACAUUCUGCGCUUUUCUACGGUUCAGGAUCUCGAUACGAAAACAGGGCCGUUAUGGGUUCCAUGGUUUCAUCAGCUUCAUGGAUAUUCAGUGAUUUUCCAAGAUGGUACACACAACUCUUCGAAAGACUCGAAAGCCAAAAUGGACAGAGAUACAUAUCAAGGAACAUUGACCCUGCGGGGAAUACGUGCCGAUACUGUCACUAUGGCGAUAAGGCUAUUUAUGCCAAGUGCAGAUGACUGGAAGAAAAUCAAGGCAAUAAUUUCGGAAAUAGACCCACGCCUCUCAAGGGAGAUGGUUAUGGAUUCAUUAGGUUGGGGACCUAUUCCCUGGAUCCUACAAUCGUUUGAGAUAAUGACCCAGCAUGAAGACUUGAUUCUUGCGAGAAACGGCGUUGAUUUGAUAACACUACUCAUAUGCACGUUAAAAGCUUGCGUGGAUCCAACCCGUUACCUGGUCGAUUUCAAGGAGUACCUAUCAUCUGCUCUGAUACGACGUCUUGCCAUUAAAGAUAAGAAAGAGGAGAUAAGAAGUCUCCUCAGGCUUCUACAGCAUGUGCUUCAGUUGUGCGCCCCAAUACCCGAAAGACAAGGGAUUUUUGACGACGAGGAAAAGAUACGGCAACUGAGAUAUAUACUCGAAGAAGUCUACGGCAACCAAGAUGAGAUUGACUCGUCUGUCGAGCUGGUAAAGAGCCUGAAGAUCCCACCACCCAUGGGUCAAAGCAACAUCCAUAAUAGCUUCAAAGAUACACUACCGGUAGAUCGGAGGUUUUUCAUAACGGAACUAGGGUACGUUGGCACGGGGCCUAUGUCGAUGAAGCCUGGAGACCAUAUUUGUGUUCUUUAUGGUGGAUGCACGCCUUUUGUUGUGCGACCGGUGGACGGUGUUGGUGAUGAGGAUUAUUUGUUCCUGGGAGAGUCUUUUGUUAAUGGGCUGAUGAAUGGAGAGGCUUUGGAUGACGAAGGUGCUAUUGAGAAAUGGUUCCGUUUAAGAUGA